GACGUAACCACCUGGAAGCUUUGCUUGAGGGUGAUGUAGAUCGUACUGACAAGCCUGACGAAUAAUCUUCGACCAGCUGAUGCCGAAGUCCGUUCAAAGACGGAGUCAACACCUUCGUAUGUAGAAAAGCAAUAUGGUCGAAUGACGUCGAACGUUUCUUCUUGACCCUGCCAAUAUCAUCCCCGCACUGCAAGUCACUCCGGUACCGCUACACGGAACAUCUGUCCAGACGUCGUUUGAGGUCUCCGACACUAUCGAUUGUUUCCAAUAACAUUCGCAGCAUUCAUUGAGCCUGUUCGACGAGUUCAGAAUGGAAGGGGAAUGCUUGUGCAAAGCUGUCCAGGUAAAGGUAAACGAUGACAACCUAUUCGGUGAGCAAAAAAGGGGACAUCUAUGCCAUUGCGCCAAUUGUCGCAAAGUCGCUGGGGGACUAUAUGGAGUGAACCUGCUCAUCGAAGAGGAGAAAGUCGAGUUUCCCAAGGGAAAGGACAAUCUGAAGUUUUACAGCGAUCCCGAGACGACGAGCGGGACGCCUGUGCAAAGAUAUUUCUGCCAAACCUGCGGGGUCCCGAUCAUGAGUGUAACGCCGAUAUAUAAAGGCAAGAUCGUCUUGAAACUGGGCAUUUAUCCAAAGUUACCGGUGCCGGAAUGGGAGAGCUUCUCAUCUCAUCGACAGGCAUGGGUGAAGCCGCUGGAUGGUGCUGUCCAGUACAAGACUAAGACAUUUGGUGAGAAGAUGCCUGGGUCGAUUUGAAUUAGUAAAUAAUCCCGAAUGCCGCUUCCCUGUGACAUGGUGGAAUCACAGUAAGUGUGGUCAGGUUGCAUCUCG